UAUAGCAACGUGUAAGUGGAUUCAUUGACAAGGAGGGUCCGGGGGAGCAUACAAUGACAAGCUGAUAAUCGACUUCUUUCCGAACCAUUCAGAGAAACAUGGAUGUUGGAGGCAAUACUAACGAUGUGCAGGAAGAACUGGAGUCGGUGGAGGCCGAGCUGGAGCUGUUGGAGCUGCAGAUUGCCGAGCUCGUGGAAAAGCAGACCGAGCUGUCCUCUAGGAAGAACAUGCUGCUGCUGAAGCUGGAGGACGCCUGCAAUGCUGCGCACCCAUCUUCCUCUUCGUCCUCGGCUUCCUCCAAGUCAUCGUCGGCCGAAUCGGCAAUGACCAAGGAGGAGAUGAAGCGCUACGAUGGCACAGACUUCACGUGGUCCAGUGAUCUGGAGCAGCACCUGAAGGACUCGUUCCAGCUCGACAAGUUCAGACCGCUGCAGCUCAGAGCGAUAAACCUGACCCUGGCGGGCAGGGAUCUGUUCCUAGUGAUGCCUACAGGAAGAGGAAAGAGUCUUUGCUACCAGCUGCCUGCUGUCUGUUCCGAGGGUUUCACACUAGUUGUCACACCCCUCGUGUCUCUGAUGGAAGACCAGACCAUGUACCUGAAGUCCAUUGAUGUGUCCGCAGUGAUGCUAAAUGCAUCCAGCAGCAAGGAGAAUACUAAGGCGGCCAUGGCUGGAAUGACGGACCCAAAUUCUCCCAUCAAGCUGAUUUAUGUUACACCAGAGAAGAUAGCCAAAAGCAAGAUGCUAAUGUCUCGUCUAGAGAAGGCCUACAAGGCCAACCUGCUCAGUCGUAUAGCUGUAGACGAGGUGCACUGCUGCAGCCAGUGGGGACAUGACUUCAGACCAGAUUAUAAACUCCUGGGCAUCCUAAAGAGGCAGUUCCCCAAAGUCCCUUUGCUCGGCCUCACGGCAACAGCCACCAGCAGCGUCCUCAAGGACUGCGAGAAGAUCCUGUGCGUGAAGCAGCCAAUCACACUCACGGCCUCUUUUAAUCGAACCAAUCUGUAUUACGAGGUUCGCAUUAAAGACGCUGACCACGAUGUAUCAAUCAAUGAUAUUGCCUCACUGAUCAAGGGAAAAUAUAAGGAUCAGUCAGGGAUCGUGUAUGUGUUCUCUCAGAAAGACGCAGAGUCUGUGUCAGCUGAACUCCAGAAAAGAGAGAUCUCGGCAUAUCCCUAUCAUUCUAACAUGGACCCCUCGGACAAGUCCCGGGUUCACCGCAAAUGGGCGUCUAACAAAAUCCAGGUGGUGGUUGCCACGGUAGCAUUCGGCAUGGGCAUUGACAAAGCUGAUGUGAGGUUUGUUAUCCACCAUACCAUCAGCAAAUCCAUCGAGAACUACUACCAAGAGAGUGGACGUGCAGGUCGAGACGACCAUCCUGCAGACUGCAUCGUCUAUUUUGGCUUCGCUGAUAUCUUCAGGAUCAGCACCAUGGUCGUCAUGGAGAACGUGGGCCAACAGAAGCUGCUGCAGAUGGUUGAAUACUGCCAGAAUGUCGACAGGUGCCGGCGCUCUCUCAUGGCCGUUCACUUUGACGAAGUGUGGGACGAUGAAGGAUGCGACCAGAUGUGCGAUACGUGCCGAAACGCUCAAGACUACCCCAACGUGGACAUAACUCUACAUGCCAAGCAGGUGGUGCAGAUUUUGGAGUUGGCGACCUCCAUGGAUGAGAAACUGACCCCACUUAAGCUGGUGGAGGCGUGGACUGGGAAGGGCCCCGCCAAGCGCAGGAAGAUGAUUCAAACCACAACAAUGCCUCGGCAGCAAGCUGAGGCUGUGAUUGUCCGCUUGCUUCUCCAGGGAUACCUCAGAGAGGAUUUCAGUUUCACUCCAUACACCACUUACUUUUAUGUGAAACUGGGCCGCAAAGCUCCCCUGCUGAAGACCCCGACCCACACGCUCAAAAUGAAGAUGAGGGCACCAGAAGCUGGACCUGCUGUGGUAAAAGCCGCGAGUGGCCAGGGCAAGUCCAAAGAGCCAAAGAGAUCAGGGCAAAGCGCUGGAGACGCCCCCGUAAGACAAGUCAGCAAAGACGCAUCGGCCCCAAAAGCGAGCGAAGAGGAGGAGGUGACCUUCGACCCCUCUGUCACCGAGAAUAGCCAACCCCCAGUGCCCAAACAGAAACUUUUAAAGGAACAGAGAAACCUGUCCAAAAGACAAGAGAAGAGACUGUACAUAUCCCAGAAUCAGACUAAGAAGAAUUUGGAAACCGAGCAAGCGGAUAAAGCGGAUUUUUGUGAGGAUCGGGGACCGAAAGCGCGUCAAAGCAAUCAUUCCAAAUUCCCGAAAGGAAGGAGAAGACCCCCGCCCAGCGCAGCCGCGAGCUCCCCCGUGCCCAGCUCUCCAUCCCAGGCCUCCGUCAUCUCGGACACGGCCGCCGAGGAGCUCUGCGACCUCCGAAAUUACUACAGCAAGCAGCUGAAGAGGAUCAAUUACAUCUCCCUGGAGCACCUGGGCCAGCCCGCCGAGCCCGGCGUGCUCUCCUGCAUCCGGGAGCCCCUCCGGAGCCUCCGCCUGCCCCGCCGGGUGACCAUCGCUCGGACGGCCCGCAGCCUCUGGACGCGGGUCAGCGGCAGGAGGCGACUGGUGCAACGCUGACCACAACAUCCCUACACGGAUCAUAGAGGAGCCGAAUAAAGGCAGAGCUUAAAUUUCCCCCCAGAACCAUUCCAACAGAUCCAAUCAAAGAGCGGAUGUUCUCAUUUCUACAAACGAGUUAAGGUAGAAGUAACACAGGUAAUACAUGUUUCAAUACUCCGGACAGAAUUCUAAAUUGAAGGCGGUGUGUAGUUGAUUUGGUGCUAAAAUUCUGCCUCAGAAUCAUGCACGGUUACAGAAUUUGAUGAUAUUACAGUUUGAGGAGGUUGCUGGGUGUAAAGGCUAAAAUUUAAUGUGAGAUGAUUUAGGCUUCCCGCAAGGAGUUUAGAUUGAGUUAUCCCCCUUGUUAUUUUCCUGCUGUUAAAAUGGUCUCGAAAGCAGCACAUUAACUCAUCAACACUGAAUAACACUGUGUAACCUGCAGUCAUAGCCCAUUCCAGCCCCCAGGAGAGUUUAGUCCCCAAGGGGAGUCUCCAUGGCAUUGGUAGGCUUUUAUUUGCAAAAUAAGCAAGGCCUAAAAGUGAAAAAUGAUUGUGAACUAUUUUGUUUUUGACACUGUGUUUGUUGAAAGACUAACUAUACUCAUGUGAAGAGUAGCUUCUUUGUUUUGUCAAAUCGUUCAGUCUUUGUAUUUUUACACAAAGCUCAGUCUCAGUUUGUAUUUUUGUUAAUUAUGUGUUUGAGCUAUAAAACCCUGA